CCUCAUCAAUUUGCCUGGGAGAAAAAGGAACUUGCAAACCGAUACCCAAUUCAAUAAACCAAAGUUAUAGCCAAUCACAAAUGGCUCAGACUCCAUGAACAACUUCGACUCAAACUUGGGUUUUGGGGGUUAAACUUUUCUGGGUAUCAUGAUAGUUUGUGGAUUUGGUGACAAAAAAUUCAUUAUUUUUCAAUUAUUUUUCUGGGGCGUAUUUUUUGUGGGUUUUAGCUUGGUUUCAUGGCCUUAUCCAUGUCUGGUGUCUCAAAUCAAAAGCACGUCAACCAAAGACAUGAGUUCUUCUGCAACACAAAUUCAAACCUAAGUCCUGCAAAUUGGUCUUACCUUGUACAAAAUCACCUCUCUCAAGGAUCACCUAGACAAGCGCUUCUGGUUUACACCCGAGUUCGGCAUCAAGGAAUCUACAUUGUAGGCCUACUCCCUUUGAUUCUCAAGGCUUGUGCUUCUCUUUCCUCCAUAAAUCAUGGGAAGGCAUUGCACGCAGAGUCUAUCAAGUCUGGUAUGAAUUGUGAUGUGUUGGUUGGUACCUCGUUAGUUGACAUGUAUGCGAAAUGCGGGGAUGUUUUUGAGUCCCGGAAAGUGUUUGAUUAUAUGCCUGAGAGAAAUGUGGUGGCUUGGAAUGCAAUAAUUGGAGGGUACUUGAGAAGUGGGGAUACAGCGUCUGCAGUUUUCUUGUUUGAGAAAAUGUCAAUGCGGACAUCUGUGACUUGGGUUGAGAUGAUCGCUGGGUUUGCGCGAAGUGGGGACACGGUGACUGCUAGGCGGUUCUUUGAUCAGGUUCCACCUGAGUUGAAGAACGUGGUUACGUGGACUGUGAUGGUUGAGGGGUACUGUAGCAAUGGGGAGAUGGGGGCAGCAAGGGAAGUUUUUGAGGCAAUGCCACAGCGCAAUUUCUUUGUGUGGUCAUCAAUGAUUUCCGGGUAUUGCAAGAAAGGUGAUGUUAGGGAGGCCAAGUUCAUCUUUGAUAGAAUCCCAGUCCGGAACUUAGUGAACUGGAAUUCUUUGAUAUCCGGGUAUGCACAAAAUGGGUUUUCAGAGGAGGCUUUGAAAGCAUUUGGGAAGAUGCAAGCUGAAGGCUUUGAGCCAGAUGAAGUUACUGUUGUGAGCGUUUUAUCAGCAUGUGCUCAGUCUGGGCAAUUAGAUGUUGGCAAGAAUAUACACAACAUGUUAGGUCAUAAAAGGAUAAAGCUUAGUCAGAUUGUUCUGAAUGCACUUGUAGACAUGUAUGCAAAAUGUGGCGAUUUGGUCAACGCCAGGUUGAUCUUUGAGGGGAUGACUGAGAGGAACAGUGUCUGUUGGAAUGCUAUGAUUUCAGGUCUGGCCAUUCAUGGACAGUGCAAGGAGGCGCUUGAACUAUUUCACAUAAUGGAAGAUUCAAAUGAAAGGCCUGAUGACAUAACCUUUAUUUCUGUUCUGUCGGCUUGUGCGCAUGGAGGUUUAGUGGAUGAAGGCAUAGAAACUUUCUCCAAGAUGGAGAAAUAUGGUUUGGCAGCAGGGAUUAAGCAUUAUGGAUGCCUGGUUGACCUUUUGGGACGGGCAGGAAGAUUAAGAGAGGCUUAUGCUUUAAUCAAGAGAAUGCCAAUCAAACCCAAUGGCAUGGUUUGGGGGGCUAUGCUGGGGGCUUGCCGGAUUUAUAUGGAUAUGGAGAUGACUGAACAGGUAGUAAAGGAUAUUAGCACCCUAGAUUCAAAUAUUGGGUCGGGUGAUCAUUUCCAUUAUGUGCUUCUGUCAAAUAUUUAUGCUGCUUCCGAUAGAUGGGAGACGGCUGAAAGGAUGAGGAUUGCCAUGGUAAAUGAAGGCUUUCAAAAGACACCUGCUCACAGUGCAUUUGUGGCCAGCGGCACAUAGCAUGUCUUUCGUGUGCCUCUUCUUGGUAAAUCAUUGCUCUGUGGCAGAUCAUGACCACUAAGCAAUUACCAAAAUUGAUUCAAAUCAUAAGCGCAACUCAAACAUACAAAUUGUGCAGUGGCUUAAGACGAGGAUUUUGCAUGAUGGUAGCUCCCGUCCCAUUAGUUCAUGUCAAGAGUAGAGUUUGACUGAGUUUAAUUUUGGUGUUAAAACAA